GUAUGCUCUUGAUGUAGUGACAAUCCCGAAGACUGGCUCGUCAUCAGACCUGGGACUUGUUGGCUCCCCUCCCCCUCCCCUCCACAUCCCUUUUCCUCCAUUAGACGAACGAUACUUGUAUCGUUUGCUUCCCCAGCAUCGUUGGAUCUGCAGCUCUUCGCUCUCGUUCGCGGCCCCUUCACUUCACUCCCUUCGUCUUGCUUCCAUCUCCGAACUGGCCUGCAGCGCCACCAUAGUCACUCCUUUGCAAACCAAAGACAGAAACAACAUCUUACACUCUUUUCACCAUGAGCCUCUUCAUCACCAGGGCCCUCGCCCUCCUCACCCUCUCAACCCUGACCCUCGCCCAAGACGAACCAAAGGGCGACGGCUACGUAGGCUAUCAGCUCAACCGCCGCGGCGACGACAACGAGUCCGCCGUCUACGAGACGGCUAACACAAAGACCGGCAUCGACACGCUCAACCCGAUCCCGGACGUGUACCUCAACGCGUCCCUUUCCGUGGGCGAGAUCAGCAUCGAGGUGCAAAACAUCACUGCAAAAGUGAACCUCGACGCCAAAGUCCUGAACCUGCUGCACUUCCAGGCAGGAGUGGACGCCAGCAUCGACCGCGUCAAGCUGGGCAUCUACAACCUCUCAGCCAAGGUCGAGCUCGAGGCGCGGUUGGAGAACGUGGUGAAGAUGGUAGACGAUGUGCUCACCAGCAUCGACCUGAACCCCGUCAUCGCGACGCUGGGUGAUACCGUCAGCGACAUUGUCAACAAGACCGUCGAGGUCGUCACAGAUCCCGUGGAGAGCACCGCAUCAUCAGUAGCGAAGCGCGACCUGACAUUCCGCCUCGAGCACAACAUCCUCUACUCGGUCAACGACUUCUCGGGCCGCACGCAUACGAACCGCGUGCUGGCGCAGAACGGAAGUCUGUUCGACGUCUACCUCGACAACAGCGGCAACGAGAGCGGGCGCAAGGUUGUCGGGCUCUACAGCCGCGACAUGACGUUUAGCGGGCACAACAAGACCAUUUCGAUUGAUGGGCAGGUCAAGGAGUUUGAGCUGCAGUACGUGUAUGCGCCGUACCCCGGCCUCGAGGCGUUUAGCAAUAUCUACCUGGAUACCACGGGCAAGGUCGUGAGGACCAAGAUUGUGGCUGAGGCGGAGGGAGGCGGCACCGCGACGAUUAGCAAUGAUGAUGAUGGGAGUAGUCUAUAGGCGCGCCCGGAUGUAGUCGAGAGUAGUUUUGCAAGGCCUGGAGCAUAACGAGAAUGAGAAUUAGGGACAUGCGAGUUACCCGUCGCUCUCAAUCGCUCUCAAUCGAGAUUUGGUUCCAGUAUUCCAUGAUUGCCUAUGAUGUGAUGGCAGCCAAUGCGGUUGUGGACGUUGAAUUGCCG